AUGGAUGAUCAUCUCUCAUCUGUGACAAAUUCAGAUCAAAACCCAUGCAAAAAAAGGUAUAUGAGAGAGUACAUGAGGAGAAAAAGACAGAAUGCACAAUUUAAGCAAGUAGAAAGAAACAAACAAGCACAUGCAAUAAAGUUGAGAAGACAAAAUGAUGAUAUAAAAAGCAGAGAAACUGAAAUUGCUACAUUUGCAAGGAAAUUAAAAAGACAGAAUGCUGAAAAAAGAAAAAAAGAAAAGGAAAGAGAUGCAGCUGCUAGAAAGUUAAAACGACAGAAUGUAGAAAUAAAAGAGAAAGAAAGGAAAAUGAAUACCGCUGGUAGAAAGUUAAAACGUCAAGAUGAAGAAAUUAAAGAGAAAGAAAGGAAAAUGGAUAACUUUGCAAGAAAAUUAAAGCGACAAGAUGUUGAAGUAAAAGAGAAAGAAAGGAAAAUGGAUAACUUUGUAAGAAAAUUAAAGCGACAAGAUGUUGAAAUUAAAGAGAAAGAAAGGAAAAUGGAUAAUUUUGCAAGAAAAUUAAAGCGACAAGAUGUUGAAAUUAAAGAGAAAGAAAGGGAAAGGAAUACUGCUGGUAGAAAGUUAAAGCGACAAGAUGUUGAAAUAAAUGAGAAAGAAAGGAAAAUGAAUACUGCAGGUAGAAAGUUAAAGCGACAGAAUGUAGAAAUUAAAGAGAAAGAAAGGAAAAUGAAUACUGCAGGUAGAAAGUUAAAGCGACGGAAUGUAGCAAUUAUAGAGAAAGAAAGGGAAAGGAAUACUGCUGGUAGAAAGUUAAAACGUCAGCAUGUUGAAGUGCAAGAAAAAGAAAAAGAGGGCAGUAGAAUUUCAAAAAGAAAAUGCAGAGAAAACCCAAUUGUUCUUGAAAAGGAAAGGUUAAUAAAGAAAGCUAAACGAAGUAAUGUGUCAUUUAGAGAAAAUGAGAGAUUGUUAAAUAAGGAACAGAAACAGAAGCAAAGAGCAGAUAAGGAAUAUUGUGAAAAAGUAAAUGAACAAAAAAGAAGGAAAAGAUUCGGAGUAGAUAUAGGGGAUUGCAUUCAAAAUUUUCAUGAACAGAUUAAACAUGGUCCAAUUUUUGUAUGCUCAUGUUGUCAGCAAACAUGGUUCAAGGAAAGUGUUUCUAAAGUGGAAAACCUCAAACUAGAUAAUAAGUUUAAAAGCAAGUUUCUUACAAGCACUGUCUCUGUUGAAAAUAUGGAAUGGAUUUGCAAUACUUGCUGUUCAUCAAUAAGAGAAAACAAAAUUCCGAAGUUGUCUGUCUUAAAUGGUAUGAUGUGGCCACUUAAGCCAAUGGAAUUAGAUUUGUUUCCUUUAGAAGAAAGGCUUGUAUCUCUGAGAAUACCUUUUAUGCAAAUAAGAGAGUUGCCAAGAGGUGGACAAUAUUCUGUUAGGGGAAAUAUUGUGAAUGUUCCUGUUGAUAUUCAACCUACUGUAAAUAGCCUACCAAGAAAAUUAGAUGAAAAUGUCACAGUUCCUGUCAAACUAAAGAAAAAGUUGUCAUAUCAAAAAUGUGAUUAUCAUGAAAAUGUACGACCAACAAAAGUACUGAUGGCGUUGCACUGGCUUAUGAACAAUAGUGACUUUUACAAGAAUGCAAAUAUCAAUGUUGAUGACAACUGGUUUCAAGAAAUUACAACUUCAGCAAGUGAAAUUGUUCAGAAAUUCGUGAAAACAGAAACGAGAAGAGAUCAAAAUACUGAUGAUGAUUAUGAGACGGUUGAUAAUGAUUUUGAUGAAUUCUGUGAAGUAGAUGGAGUUGGUAGAGAUGGUAAUUGUGACACUCUGUUAGAUGAUGCUUCAAGAGACAUGAAUCAGAUUUACACAUUUGCUCCAGGUGAAGGACAACGCCCACUUAGUUUUUAUCAAGAUCAGACAGCUGAGUAUUUAUCAUUUCCAACAAUUUUUUGUGGAAAGGGAAGAUUACAAGAUGAUGAAAGACAAGUACGUGUGUCCUAUGCAGAUAUUGCUAAAUGGGAAUUAAGGAGUGUUGAUAGACGUGCUGCCCAGUCUGUUCCAAAUUUGUUUUUCAAGUUGAAAAAAAUACAAAUGAAGCAAGUUACAGACAAAUGCAAUCUGGCUCUUAGGAAAUGCAAAACCAAAGGAAAAUCCAUGACAGCAAAUGAAAUGAAGAAUCCCGAAAAUGUGAAUAAUCUCGUUAGACAUGAUGAAGAUACAAGAUGGAAUGAUCAAAUCAGAGCACUUGGAGUGUUAAAUGAUGGAAAAGAAUAUACUGAUGAAGAAAUCGACAGUAUGACUUGGUUUGAAAAAUCAAAGUUAGUACAAAAAGAUCCAAUCACUUGCUCCAGGUACUUUGAUCAUAGAUUCCGUAUGUUUAUGAAUUCAGUGUUGAGAAGUGAUCACCAUCCAAUUGGAAUUGUAAAAGACUUCUUCUACAGAACUGAAUUUCAGCAAAGAGGAUCACCUCAUAUUCAUAUGAUUGUUUGGAUAGAAAAUGCACCAAAAUAUCAUGAAAACAAUGAACAGGAAAUAGUGAAUUAUGUAGAUAAUUACCUGAAAUGUGAAAAGAAUGAAGAGGAUGAUUUGACUGACUUGCAAGUGCACAAACAUUCACAGACUUGCGAAAAGAGAGGUAAAGCUGUAUGUCGAUUUGGUUUUCCCCUUCCUCCUCUUGAAGAGACUUUGAUUUUGGAGCCACUAGAGUGUGAUGUUGAUAAGUACAAGAAAAUGUAUGAUGAUAUUCAAAAACAGCUAAAUGAUAUGAAAAAUGGAUGUGAUUUGCCCUACAAGGAACUCCUGAGCACAGUACUGAAGAUAUCUGAGGAAGAUUACAUUAAAUGCAUUAGAAGUUCACUGAGAGGUCCAAAGAUUUUUUUAAAAAGAAGUCCAUGUGAUAUGAGGGUUAACUCAUACAAUAGUGUUGUUCUUGAUGCUUGGAAAGCUAACAUUGACAUUCAAGCAGCAAAGGAAGCUAGAGAAGGAAAUCUUGACAUAAAAAGACAGGUGCGUCAUAUUGGAAAUCAUUUUCUCAAUAGUGUAGAAGUUGGAGCACAAGAAGCAGCAUAUUUAGUGUUACAAAUGCCAAUGACAAAAGCUUCAAGGGAUGUUGUUUUUAUCAACACAAGUCCAUCAGAUGAUCGAGUAAUUCUCAUUAAAACAGAUGCUGAAUUAGAAAAGUUGACACCAAAUUCUACAGAUGUGGAAUGCAGCAAUGUAAUUAAACGGUAUGCAAAACGCCCAAAGCAGCUUGAAAACUGGUGCUUAGCCGAUUACGUAUCACAGCUAGAUGUUGUAUUUCCUAAAGAUACUGAAAAAGAGUUCGCUGAAAAUGAAGUGAAUGAUGAUGAUCAGGACAAUCAGUCAGAUGAUGACAAUUCAGAUCUCGAAUUUGGUGAAAGUGAUACAUUAGUUACACUGAGAAAUGGCAUAAAGAUCAGACGACGUAAAAUACCAAGGGUAAUUAGAUAUGUCCGAUUUAAUAUCAAAACUGAUCCAGAAAAUUACUAUAGAGAAAAACUCAUGUUGUUCAUGCCCUGGAGAAAUGAAUCCACUGAUUUAAUAUCAGGAAUGGAGACAUUUGAGAAGUCAUUUCAUCUGAAGAAGUCGUUUCUUACACACAAGGUCAAGGAAUAUGAAUUCAAUGCUGAACAGCUUGAUGCAGCUUUGCAAAUGGCAAAUGAGGACUUUUCAGAAGCUUUUGAUGAAUUGGCACCAGAUGUUCAGCAAAGAGAGGCAGAAGAUGAAAAUGAGGGAUCUCUUGAAUCUGAAAACUUUGUUCAGUUUAAUCCUGAGAGGCCUAUUGAACAGAGACAGUAUGAUAUAGGAUCUGACCUUGGCAUUCCAUCAACAAGACAAAUAACUGAUGAAAGUUCUGUUAGAUUACCAGACAGUGAAUACUUGAAACUUUUAGGAAGUCUAAAUGUAAAGCAGCGGGAAUUUUUCAAUCAUGUCCUGCACUGGGUAAAAACCAAGACAGAACCUAUUUAUUCAUUUUUAUCUGGAGGUGCUGGUGUUGGCAAAUCUGUUUUGAUAAGAGCACUUUAUCAAGCUCUGCACAGAUAUCUGUAUUCCACAGAAGGAGAAAAUCCAGAUGACAUAAGAAUACUUCUGUGUGCUUAUACUGGCAAGGCGGCAUACAACAUUGGAGGAGCAACUAUAGCAUCUGCUUUACAUCAAAAAUAUAAUCAAAGUCAACAAAGCUUGCACUGUGAUGAAUUGAACACUUUUCGUACAAAGUACAAAAACCUAAAAUUGAUCAUUAUUGAUGAGAUAUCAAUGGUUGGAAAUAGAUCAUUAGCUCUCAUUGACAGUCGUCUACAACUUCUCACAGGCAUCAAGAAACCAUUUGGUGGUAUAAGUAUCAUUGCUAAUUCUAAAGUAGAUGCAUACAACAAUCAGUUGAUUGAAAAACUUGAAGGAGAAAAGGUUACAGUGAAUUCAGUGGAUACAGUUCUAAAGGAUUAUUCAAAAGAACUUAAGGAAAAGCUGCUGAGAUCUCUAUCUAAAGCAGAUGAUGUUAGCAAAACUGCUAAUUUGAUGCAAAAACUGAUUCUUGCUAUUGGGAUGAUCUAUGAUAUCUCAGUCAAUGUUGAUGUAUCUGAUGGUCUAACAAAUGGAUCAACAUGUAAGGUACAAUUUAUUGAAAGAAGAAUAGAAGGAAUAUCAAGACCAAGCAUCGUGUGGGUUAAUUUUUUUGAUGCUGCUAUUGGAAAAAUUACUCGCAAGAAAUACAAACAUUUGUAUCAUGAUGGGAUUAAUGUGGACUGGACACCAAUUUUUGAAGUUCAGAGGUCUUUUGUAUUGAAUUACAAUACUUUUCAGAGAAUUCAAUUUCCGUUACGCCCAGCUGCAGGGAAAACAGUUCAUAAAGCGCAAGGUUGCAUUGUUGAUGAAAUUGUAAUUGAUUUGUCUCAGACUAGAGUGAGGAAAAAUGCACAUAUUCACUAUGUAGCACUUAGUCGAGUACGAUCAGUGAAUCAUCUGCACAUCCUAAACUUCAAUGAGCAGGCAUUGGCUAUGGAUGAACAAGUGGUAGAGGAAAUGGAAAGAAUGAAAAAAGAUGUGCCGCUGCUACUUUGUUACGUCCCAUUAUACCAAGUUGAUUUAAAUUCUUUUACAAUUGCUUUCAACAACUGUAGAUCACUUCAUAAACACUUCCAACAAAUUCAAGAUGAACCAAAUAUUGUUGCAUCAGAUGUAGUUGGAUUCUCAGAAACAAGGUUAACUAAUAUUGAUUUAGCUGAAAAUUAA